AUGGCUGACCCUGUCUCCCCGCCUUCUUCCCCUCCCGCGGACUCUGUCACCCCUAGCACAACCAACUCUCACCCACCCGUCACCCCCGAGAACAAACGUCUUUCGCAGGUCGGCGGUAUGUCUUUUGCUGAGAGACGGAUGAGUCGUCGUCCCUCCACCGCACCCACUCCUAUUGUCGAGGGAGACGGCCUUACCAGAGACGUCAUUCACUCUUUGCCCGGCGAUACUCGCAACAGCAAUAGAAAAUCCAAGACGCAAGCCGACAUGGCCAAGCGCCGCAGCUCUUACUACGAGGAGGCUUUCCAGGGCGAUAGGGAGUCCAAUGUGGUCAAGGAUCGCGCCUAUGCUGAGGCUAUCGUAAUGGCAGAGCUCCGCACCAACGUCAUUAUCAACGACGAGUUCAGUUUCAUCACGGACUUCUCAUACCAGCUGUCGGUUAGGUACCAGCGGCCAGUAACUUCGAUCGUGGUCAACCUGCAGCAUGGAGCUUGCAUGCUCUUUGGAGGUACUUUUGAACCGGCCUACACCAUGUCGAUUCACGCAUUACCGCUCGAGGUCGGCGUAACCAAGAACAAGAGGAACACGGCUCUGCUUCAGAAGCACCUCCACGAAGCUCUCGGCGUUGCGCCCGUCCGUGGAUUCGUCAAGUUCGUCGAAGUUCCUGCGGAGAACAUGGCUGUUAAUAGCAAGACUACCGCUUCUCACAUUGCAGAGAUGACCGGCGAGGAGGAAGAGACCAUCGCCGAGCGCCGUGGUCGCAACCGCAAGAGUAUCAGUGGCAAGUCCAUGUCAGCUCUGCGCCACGGCUCCAUUGUCGGAGGCAGGAAGGGCUCUGUCUUUGACUUUAGAAGAGAAUCUGUUGCUCCUCGCAAAGAUUCAGUUAUGCCUCCUCCUCAUGAGCUUACUCCUCCGCACAGCGCAACCGAUGCGCCUCCGAUCCCUCCCAUCCCCGAGGCCCACGCCACCAAGACCACGGCCCCGGUUCCCGAUGAGAAGUCGGAUGCGCCUAUCAAGGAAGUUGAGAAGGCACCUACCAACACUUCUGCAUCUCUCAAGAAGUCCAAGGUGGCAAAGCGCAAGAGCAGCUUCGUCACUUCCCUAUUUUCUCGCUCUCCCAGGAACACGCCCGCGCCGAUGCCCACCGUGGCAUCGUAG